AUGGAAGCUAACACCCAGCUCAUGAGGAUUAUCCAGGAAAUGCGGGCAGAGAUCAACAAACUGGAAAGAGAGAAUAGUGCCCUCCGAGUGAAGCUGGCAUCGGUGAGUCAGCCAGCCCCUGGAUCAGGGGGACAAUCAGAUGGAAGAAAAGAAGCAGUGCGUGGAUCAUCCCCACCAGCCCUUCACGGGGCCACUUCCACUGAUUCCACACCAGCUGGGCAGGAACACCAAGAUAAUGUCAUGAUUGUUAGACGCUAUUCCACUUCUUCGUCAGUCCAUUCACUUGCUGCAAAGGACCCCUGGGAAGCUAGGAACAGAGAUCCAGGUGGUGGAAUUCUAGAAGCUCCGGGAGCAGUUACAUCACUGGCAUGUUCAUCAACUAAAAAACAAGGCAAUGAAGAAAAGAUGUUGGCAGCAAACUCUCCCCGCGGCAAUAAUUCCAGCCAAAGAGAAAGUGAUCUUGGUUGUAGGGACAAGAUAAAGACAGUAAGUUUCCAAUUAUCCAGAGACAUGCCUUCAUUGUCUAACAAUUCAGCUUCUUUGAAAUUCUCACCAAAUCAGACCACAAACCAGCCGAGCACCGCUGCGGAAAAGGAUGUCUGA